AUGACCCCAGGCCCCUGCAAAUGGCCCCUGAAAAUUCCCCAAAAUAUGCCCCGCAUAAAUCCCAAGAACAAACCAAGACUCUCUUUCAGCCCAGAAAUGCCAAACUGGCAUACGCCAAAGACCGCCCCGAAAUGGCCCCGGGCCCCAGGCCCCAGGCCCAAGCCUCCCGCGCGCGCCGAGACAUGGCCCCCCGAACUGAUCUCAACUCCCGCCUUACAAAACAUCCCCAUAGCGCCGGCUCUUUCCGCCCAGCGACCGCCACACACCGCCCGAACCCUGGCGCCCGGCCCUACGCCCGCCCACUCUUGCCCGCCGCCUCAAUUUGACAGCAAUCGUGUGCUGAAGCGUGUGCCGAAACGUGUACUGAAAGCGUGCCGCCAGACGAUUCCCGCCCACCCCCUCACCCCCACGGACACAAAAAACGCCCUAUUGGACCCGAAAACCGACCCCAUGGACCCGAAAACUGACCCCAUGGACACAAAAGUCGAUCUCAUGGACACAAAAGUCGAUCUCAUGGACACAAAAGUCGAUGUCAUGGACACAAAAGUCGAUGUCAUGGACCCAAACACCGACCCCAUGGACCCAAACACCGACCCCAUGGACCCAAACACCGACCCCAUGGAAACAAACACCGACUCCAUGGAAACAAACACCGACUCCAUGGACCCAAACACCGACCCCAUGGACCCAAACACCGACCCCAUGGAAACGAACACCGACUCCAUGGAAACAAACACCGACUCCAUGGACCCAAACACCGACCCCAUGGAAACAAACACCGACUCCAUGGACAUAAAAACCGACUCCAUGGACACAAACACCGCCCCCCGCAGCCUCGCGGACUUGCCGCCGCGCGUGCUCCAGGCCGUCCUCUGGUUCUUGCCGCAGCAGCUGCUCUGCUGCCUCGCGCGCACAAACUACCGCUUCUACGAGCCGUGCGCCCGGCAGCUCUACCGGAACAUCGCCAUCCAGGUGGAGCCCGUGCUCCGGCGCGCCGGCCCCCCCGGCGCACGGCGCCACGCGGACUUCCGCGAGCUGGCCGUGACCACCAUCGGCGGGCUCGGCUCCGCGGCCGCGCCCCGUGCCGCCCACGCGCGGCUUGUGGCCGCUCGGAUCCACACGCUCGUGCGGGCGCUCCAGGUCAACCCGCGCCUCGCGCAGUACGUCCGCGUGGUGGCCGUGGCGGACGCGUUUGGCGCGGCCGUGGGCGCGGCGUUGCGCGGGCUUGCCCGGUGUCUCUCGCGGGUGGCGAACGCGGUGCGCAACUUCUACAUCGGCGACGCCCGGCUCCGGGCCUCGGUGCGCUACGCCGAGUGGGCCGGCCUUUUCCGUCUCCGCACGUUGGUGGUGGACGACCUCGCGCACGUGCGCGGCGAGCACCUCGCGCGGUUCCCGCAGUUGGACGAGCUCGUGGUGGCGGGCGUGGGGGCGGCGCGGCGGAUCGACCCGUCUGCCGUGCCCGUGCUCGAGCGGCUCGCGCACAUCCGCAUCCGCGACGACGCGGCGGUGUACGACGCGUUCGUGGCCGCGCUCAACGCGCUCCACGCGGCCACGCCGUUCGUGUUGCGGCGGCUCCAGACGUUCAACGUGGUGCUCACGCACGGCAACAGCCGCGGGCGCUUGCCCUUCUUGGACGCGCGCACGCUUGUCAACUUCCAGGUCUCGUUGGGCUGCGACGCGCCCGAACGCUGCGGCAUGGAGUGCCUUGGCGCUGGCCUCGCGCGCUUCGACUUCCACGCGCUCAAGCGGUUGUCCGUGGUGCAGAGCGGCCGCGCGGGGCUUUACUCGCACCGGCACUCCGAGAAGUGGGACCUCGUGGUGUUCUCGUUUGUCGCGGACGUGUUGGAGCACUGCGCCGCGCUCUUCUACGUCAGCAUCCGCCACAGCGUGCCGUUGGACGGCGUCAUCGCGGACGGCUACGAGGGCAACUACCUCCGCAAGGUGCAGCUCUACACCGCGGAGUUGCCGCGGCUCCUCAGCGCGGGCCGCCGCCCCGCGGUGAACCUCGUGCUCCCCUCCUUCGUUGCCUUGCUCGCCUGCUACGAGCAGCCCAUGAACACGUUGCUAUGGAACGGCUGCCGGUGUGCGCACUGCGCGGAGUAUCUCGCCCGGCUCGACGACUACGUGCUCCACCACCGUUACUACAGCUCGGAGAAGCACGUGUUCAAGGACAUGCAAACCGUGCAGAUGGUGCGCGCCAUGGCAGAGGUCUUGACGGGCCGCAUGGGCCUCGACCCCAACUUGGGCGACAUGCACUGCCUCGGCCGGCCCAUGCGAAACACCGCCUGGAACUUCCACGACUGCGGCUCCGCUGUUCCCUUCCAGUGCUUGCCCGUAAAAACGUUCGACCUCCACGACAUGGAGGACGACGCCGACGACUCCCGCGACGGCCGCGAGCGCUUCUUCGACGCCGCCGACACGCCCAACGACUGCGUGUUCUUGCGGAGGGAGCGCUUCUUCCCCAACUACCUGAUCGUCAUCUCGCACUUCCUCGACGACCUCGUCCGCAAAAUGAUCAAUCUCAACAGGGGCGACGCCGAGGACGCGGACAUCAACAGGCUCAGCUACGAGAACGACGGCUGGACCAGCUUGCACAUCAACAAGAUGUUGAUCAACGGCAUCGACUACAACUUCGACCACGAGGCCAACGGCACCAUCUUCUACACGAACACCUACGACGACGCCGAGCCGCACUUGGACUAG